AUGCCUCACCACGAAACCAACAACUUCUCCGCCCCGCCCACGACUCAAAAUUUCUCCGCCCUCCUCUUUGACAUGGACGGCACCAUCAUAGAUUCCACAAACGCAAUCAUAAAACACUGGCACCAAAUCGGCCAAGAAAUCGGAAUCUCUGGAUCGGAAAUCCUCAAAACUUCGCACGGUCGAAGGAGUAUCGACGUGCUCGAAAUUCUGUGUCCGGAACGCGCGAAUUGGGAGUAUGUGUGUAAAGCUGAAGGCCAAAUUCCGAAACUUUAUGGGAAUGAUGCGGUAGAGGUUCCUGGUGCGAGGGAGAUUUUAAGGGAGUUGGAGGGUGUGAGGGCGCCGUGGGCGAUUGUUACGUCGGGGACGAAGCCGCUUGUUAGGGGGUGGUUGGAGAGGAUGGGACUGGCGGUUCCGGGGGUUUUGGUUACGGCGGAGGAGGUUGGAAAGGGGAAACCGCAUCCUGAGCCGUAUUUGGAGGGGGCGAAGAGGUUGGGGGUUCGUGGGAUGGGUGAGGGGGACAUUUUGGUGCUUGAGGAUGCGCCGUCUGGUGUGAAGGCGGGUAAGGCGGCGGGGUUUAAAGUGCUGGCUUUGGCUACGACGCAUGAUGUUGAGGUGUUGAGGGAGGCGGGUGCGGAUUGGAUUGUGAGGGAUUUGAGGAGUGUGGGGAUGGAGAGGUUGAUGGGAAGAGUGGUGUUGUGA